AUGACUCAUAUUGAAGAAAAACUCUAUUUACAAAGUGUUUUUGAUGCUAUUGAUGAAGUAUAUAAAUUUAAAAAUCAUCAACAAACAUUAACAUAUGAAGAACGUUUACGUGCUUCAUUCAAUAAAUUACUCAUACCUGAUUGGUACAACCAUGACUAUACAUCUACUAAUGAAUUACGAAAAACAAAAUCACAUGGACAAGUAUUGCAUACAAAACAAUAUGAUAAUAAAAUUUCUGAUCUAUCAAUAUCAUCUUCCAAUAAUUCAUCUCAAUUAUCUAAUGGUACAACACAUCGACAUCGAUCACCAAGUCAAUCCCUGUCAGAAUGGCUACCAUUGAGACAUAAUUCAACCACAUCAACCAAUGUUACAAAUGGAAAUGUUAUUAUUAAUGGUGGACGUUUGACUAAUUUCCAUGAAACAUCAACAUAUGCGCCAGGAUUACAGCGCGUUACUCAAUCAUCAUCAUGGUAUAAACCAAAAAUAUUUACUACACAUAAUAAUAUUAAUGAUCAUUCCAUUGAACCACCAAAACCUUUACCAAGAUAUUCUAAAAUAAAUCAAGAACGCAUAAAUUCAACAGAUUCUUCUUUUUUAUCAUCAACGUCAAAGAUUAUAAUUCCAGAUCUUAUUUCUAAUGAAAAUAUUCGACAUCCCAUAAAACCACGAACAAUGUCUCAAGUACCAAUACUAAUUGAAGAAAUCGACGAUGAUUCUUGUCUUCAGAAUGUUUCACUCGAUAUAUCAUCUGAUGGUGACAUAACAAUUGUUCAAAAACCUAUAUCGUCAUGGACUAAUGACGUUAUAUCACUAACGCACACUCAUAUUUUAUCUAAUAAUCCUCAUAUUAUUGUCAAUACAAAUAAUAACAUGAAUGAAUUCAUGACGACAAAUAUAUCUCGAGCGGAUUCAACAAAAAGUGUUUCAUCUGAUGGUGAAUCUUAUCAUUCAGUGGUUUUACCAUCAUCCGAUAGAAAUCUUUUAGUCACAGAUUCAUCUUCUUAUGCCAGUGUAAAUGAUCAAUGCUUAUCAGCAACAACAAUAACAACAUCAUCAUAUCAUACAGCCAUAGCUGAUGACAAUUCAUCAUCAUCAGCAACUGGUUAUGAAACACCAACACCUAAAUUAGAUAAUGAUAUAUUAUCUUCACAUAGUUCAAUGUCGGAUUUAAGUCAUGCUGAAACAUUGGAACCUAGUAUUGAUGGUGAGUCAUUUUUAAUAUUAAUUGAAUGA